CCGGAAAAUGUGGGGCUUAAUUCCUGUGUUGGACUGCUCCCAGCUGCUGCGCUUCUGCCCUUCGCAGUGCAAGCCCUUCGUCUUCCCCAUCACGACCCCCGACCCUUGGGUGGACCCUCCUAAGCGCACCAUGUCGGACCAAGCUUUUGUGACACUGGCCACAAAUGACAGCUAUGCAAAGGGAGCGAUGGUCCUCGGCCAGUCGUUACGAAGCCACAACACAACCAGGAAGCUGGUCGCUCUCGUGGGGCCACAUGUUGCAGAACCUUGCAGAGAUGUGCUGCGCUCCAUUUUUGAUGAGGUGCAUGUGGUGGACGUGAUGGAUUCAGGCGAUUCAGCUCAUCUGGCCUUGAUGAAGCGUCCGGACCUGGGGGUGACGUUCACCAAACUGCACUGCUGGACGCUCACGCAGUACAGCAAGUGUGUGUUCAUGGACGCUGACACACUGGUGCUGUCCAACAUAGAUGAACUCUUUGAGAGAGAGGAGUUAUCUGCUGCUCCAGAUCCUGGUUGGCCAGAUUGUUUCAACUCUGGGGUAUUUGUCUUCAGACCAUCCAAUGAGACCCACGAGAAGCUCAUCACAUUCUGUGGUGAAAAUGGCAGCUUUGAUGGUGGGGAUCAGGGAGUUCUCAACAGUUACUUUAACACCUGGGCGACGGCAGAUAUUUCCAAACACCUCCCCUUUAUCUACAACCUCAGCAGCAUUGCCAUCUACUCCUACCUACCAGCUUUCAAACAGUACGGCCAAGGCGCAAAGGUGGUGCACUUCCUGGGCAAAGUGAAACCGUGGAACUACUCCUACGAUCCUCAGAGCGGCGAGGUCAAAGGUCAGUCCUCACCUGACCCCUGCGUGCUGCACCCUGACUAUCUGCUGAUGUGGUGGCAGGUGUACACCAAAUCUGUGCUGCCUUUACUGCAGAAGGCCUACGGAGACACUCCCUUCCUCAGCGGCUUUAUAGAGCAGAACGAUGAGGUAUGUUAACGGUU